AUGAACACAGUGAUAAAAAACCACGCUUCCACAACCACGAAAACAGCUACAACCAACAACAAUCCGGCAACUACAAACACACCGACAACAAACAAGGCUCCGGCAACUACAAACACACCGACAACAAACAACGCUCCGGCAUACUACGAAAACAGAGACAACAAACAAACGCUACGAACACAGGACAACAACUACGAACACAGGCAACUACGAACACAGAGACACAAACAACGCUCCAGUGACUACGAUCACAGCGCAGACAACAAAGCCCCCACAACCACAAACACAGUGACAACAAACAGCGCUCCGGCAACUACGAACACAGUGACAACAAACAACGCUCCAGCGACUACGAAUACACCGAAAACAAACAACACUUCAACAACUACGAUCACACCGACAACAAACAACGCUCCAGCGACUACGAUCACAGCAGCAACAAACACUGCCACAUGUAGAAACAAACCGACAACAAACAACGCUACGAACACAGACAACAAACACCAUGACCACGCUUCCACAACCACGAAAACAGCUACAACCAACAACAAUCCAGCAACUACGAACACACCGACAACAAACAACGCUCCAGCGACUACGAACACAGCGACAACAAACAACGCUCCAGCAACUACGAUCACAACGACAACAAACAACGCUCCAGCGACUACGAUCACAGCGACAACAAACAAAGCCCCCACAACUACGAAAACAGAGACAACAAACAACGCUCCGGCAACUACGAACACAGAGACAACAAACAACGCUCUAGCGACUACGAUCACAGCGACAACAAACAACGCUCCGGCAACUACGGACACAGUGACAACAAACAAAGCCCCCACAACCACGAACACAGUGACAACAAACAUCGCUCCGGCAACUACGGACACAGUGACAACCAACAACACUCCCACAAACAUGAACACAGCGACAACAAACAACACUCCCACAACCACGAACACAGUGACAACAAACAACGCUCCAGCGACUACGAAUACACCGACAACAAACAACACUUCAACAACUACGAUCACACCGACAACAAACAACGCUCCAGCGACUACGAUCACACCGACAACAAACAACAUUGCAGCGACUACGACCACAGUGACAACAAACAACGCUCCAGCGACUACGAACACAGCAGCAACAAACACUGCCACAUGUAGAAACAAACCGACAACAAACAACGCUACAGCAACCACGAACACAGCAGCAACAAAACCCCACCACCAUGAACACAGUGAUAAAAAACCACGCUUCCACAACCACGAAAACAGCUACAACCAACAACAAUCCAGCAACUACGAACACACCGACAACAAACAACGAACACUGACAACAAACAAGCUCCAACUACUACGAACACAGCGACAACAAACAACGCUCCCACAAAUACGAUCACAGCGACAACAAACAAAGAACAAAGCCCCCACAACUACGAAAACAGAGACAACAAACAACGCUCCAGCAACUACGAUCACAACGACAACAAACAACGCUCCAGCGACUACGAUCACAGCGACAACAAACAAAGCCCUCACAACUACGAAAACAGAGACAACAAACAACGCUCCGGCAACUACGAUCACAGCGACAACAAACAACGCUCCAGCAACUACGAACACAGCGACAACAAACAACGCUCCCACAAACAUGAACACAUUGACAACAAAGAACACUUCCACAACCACGAACACAGCGACAACAAACAACACUCCCACAACCACGAACACAGUGACAACAAACAAUGCUCCAACAACUACGAACACAGCAACAACAAACAACGCUCCCACAAAUACGAUCACAGCAACAACAACCACGAAACAGAACAAAGCCCCCACAACUACGAAAACAGAACACAGACAACAAACAACGCUCCAGCAACUACGAUCACAGCGACAACAAAGAAUGUUUCAUCAAGUAUGGUUACACAAACGUUACCUGUGA